UACAGUCAAGUAGAGGUAUCCUACACCUAUCCAGCUUCAUAAUACUCUCAACAAUCUACAUUCAGCCUACCGUAUUUCAAUUCUUGCUGCAUUACCUCAUCGAUCCCGCGUCGUGACCAGUUAUACGCUCAACCAAACCCUUUUCUUUCAUCACGGUGUCACCAAACCAGUUCCAUGCCGAAACGUCCACUCGACAGCGCCUCGGUCAUGCCGACUACAGAGCGGGUCCCGCCGGUAAAGGCGCAGAAGACUGAGCGAUCUCACGAAGAGAACCAAGAGAGAGCCUACAUCGCGGCAUCCAGACGAGCCGACCGGAGCUUGGAGGCAAGAGUGCAGUCGGCGAGGAUGGCUUCUGAAAUCCACAGGCGGCGGACGGGUCGUGGUCUGAAGGUUACCGAGGAAAUUGUCAUCAAGGAGGAGAUGUAUGAAGAGGAGGAAGACGACCUGCCACGGCAAUACAAGUACCUGGCGGCCCACCUUCAGACGAACUCCGCAGAUAUGAACAGUCGCGUGAGUGCGUACAUCACAACACAAGCGGCCAUGGCGACAAUGGCGAGGUACAACGAAGUCAAUCGCCUUUUCAACGAAUCCUUCCCCACGGCCAUGUCAUACCAGCAACAGCUCAACCAAUCCCUGUACAUGGGUCCGCUGAUGAACAACGGCGGCAACCAGUACAUCCCGACGUCCCCAAUCGAGGUGACUUCACCCCCGAGUCGGAACCAUUCGACACCUGGUCAGUCGCAGCUUAGUAGCAAAAAUAGGCGCAUCUCAACAAGCUCUACGCCCAACGUCACGGCCGUGUCUUCCCCACCAUCACUAUCUCCUGGGUCGACUUCAGAGACGCCAGACUCGAGAAGUACACCAUACCAAACUCCGAUGCAGGCAUUCCCACCGCUGGAUCCCCAGCUCGUGCAGCAACACCCUUCAUCGUUUUUCACAUCGGAACUGCCCAACGAGAUCAAGAUGAUGGCCAACAUUGAUAUGAAUGACCCGAUGGCCGCCCACUUCCUGGGGUCUAACAUUUCGGCUUUGCAGAUGUUUGGACAGCACUCCGAAGAAUCGGUCAAGCACAAUGUCGCCCAGAAUGCCACCGAACCUACGCCCGCGUCUAAGGAGGCUAGCGGGCCCAAUUCCCCGCACGAUUCGGUAGAGCUGGAGGAUGACACCCUUUUCUCGCCCAUCGACGAUUUCUACGACCCGUUCAAUGAUUACAACCGGCUGGGCACGCCAGCUGCUGGCAUGAGUGAAGGGGCAUGGGAGAGUUUUGUCGAUUUUGGCUCUGAGCAAUGAAUCGCUGCCAGACCAC